GUUGGGAACUGCAUCACAACAACAAUCCUCCGCUGUCGUGGCGAUGAAAUCUCUUUUCUUUUGCUCCGGGGGACAUUCCAUGUUAUGACAGCUGUUUAUCCCCUGCUUUUGAAGUCAAUGGCAGCCGAGCAGCUUACUAUCUCCUUGAUCGACUUCGUCCCCGCUCGUCCUUUACACCUCUACUUCUCCGCCUUCGUCCCGAGCCAAGAUGCCGUCUGAAAAGGGCCCCGUGGGCCAAUCGCCUCCUGACUUGGAAAUCGUUGGAGACAAAGUUACUAUACAUCCUAGUGGUUUUACUGGAGGUCCAGAGCCUCAAGAUGAUGGAAUUACCGAGCGGAACCUCGUCCAUCAUAUGGCUCGCUUUCGCCAGAACCCUUUUGACUUUCUACGAGAAGUAAGCCUCUAUAUGUCAGGUACUGGCUGGCGUGCGUACGACAAUGUGGUCGGACAACCUAUAUUCUACUCCGGUUUCACGGACAGGAUGAAGACGAACAUCCUCGCUAGCCCUCUUCUACAGGGUAAGGUGAAGGAGCUAGCGGAGGCGCGACUAUCGGUCGAGGAGAAGGAGGGCCUUUUGGAGAUAAGACCAGGCCCUUUACUGAAAAAGAAGGUUCAUAGACGGAAUGAGAUCGAAGCUAACCUCAAGGAGGUGGUUGAUUCUAUGCUGGAUAAUAUGAUUUGCAAAAUGGAGAGCAAUCGGUUUAUCCGAGGCGCAUAUUAUCUCUGCACUCAGCUUCUCACGCGCGCUUAUCACCAAGGAAUUCACGUAUCGAGUGAAGAAGUUUUGCGCCUGAGGUCCGUUGCCGAAGAGGCGGCCAAAAAGAAGCAGUCUAUUGUUUUCCUGCCGUGCCAUAAGUCGCAUGUGGACUAUGUAUCUCUUCAACUCAUCUGCUACCGCUUAGGGAUCGGUUUACCUGUCGUCGUGGCUGGCGACAAUCUAAACAUCCCGUUACUGGGGCCUUUCUUACAGCAUGCUGGUGCCAUGUGGAUUAGGAGGAGCUUCGGAAACGACCCAUUGUAUCACACAGUUGUCCAAGCCUAUAUUGACACACUACUGCAGCAAGGUUUUAAUUUCGAAUGUUUCAUCGAGGGCGGGAGGUCUCGAACCGGAAAGCUCUUAUCUCCGAAAUUUGGAAUCCUUAGCUUCAUUCUAGAUAGUGUGCUAUCAGGCCGUGUGGAAGAUACAGUCAUAUGUCCCGUUAGCACACAGUACGAUAAAGUCAUCGAGACUGAAUCUUAUAUCAGCGAGCUUCUUGGUCAGCCGAAGCGGAAGGAGAAUCUGGCAGAUCUCCUCUCAUCUUCGUCUGUCCUCUCCCUAAAACUAGGCCGAGUUGAUGUUCGGUUCCACGAACCUUGGAGCAUGAGAGAAUUUAUUACUCAGCAAUUGACUCGAUUACCAAGUCAGAUCCACAUAAACAGUGACAGGAAGCUGAAUUAUGAAGAACGGGGCCGGAUUCUGAGGACUUUGGGUUAUAGGGUUCUUUCAGAGAUCAAUGACGUCUCUGUGAUGAUGCCUACAGCUUUGGUCGGCACCGUUCUCUUAACGCUUCGCGGACGUGGUGUUGGGAAAGCUGAACUGGUACGUCGGGUUGAGUGGCUUUGUGAGCGUGUUCGCAUGAAGGGUGGCCGAGUUGCGCACUUUUAUAGGUAUCCGACGGAAGUAGUUGUUGAUCGUGCCCUUGAAGUCCUCGGGUCGAAACUCGUGGGUGUAGUAAGUGGCCUUGCUGAACCAACAUACUACGCUGUGGAUCGCUUCCAGCUCUCUUUCUACCGCAACAUGACUAUUCAUCUCUUCAUUACGGAAGCUUUAGUAUCCGCGGCUAUGUACACGAAGGUCAAACGAGGGGGUGGCCCGCCUCAUCAACGGAUCUCAUUCACGGAUCUCUUAAGCCAGGUUACUUUUCUUUCACAGCUUUUCCGCGGCGAAUUCAUCUUCCCGCCCGAAGGCUUGACUACCAAUUUGGAGAAAACCCUCCAAGGUCUUGAGAAAGACGACGUUAUCAUUGUCUCUAGGGAUGCUUCCGGUACACCUACCUCCGUUGAGCUAAGCGACGCGGAGCGCAAAUGUGGCAGAGAAAAUUAUGACUUCUAUUGCUUCCUGAUCUGGCCGUUCAUCGAGGCUUCAUGGCUUGGCUCAGUGUCUCUGCUUGGUCUUACUCCGCCAGUCAAUGAACAUAAGGAUAUCUGGAUUGACCUUAAAAAGGCACAGGAUAGCGCGCAAUUGCUUGGCAAAACAUUAUACCAUCAGGGCGAUCUCUCCUAUUUCGAAGCUGUGAACAAGGAGACCCUUAAGAACUCAUAUCAGCGUUUUGCAGAAGAAGGUAUCAUACUCGUCCGCAAGGGCAAAGAAUUACGCGCAUCGCCCGUGAUGAAGCUCGCACCAGAAUGGACACCCGAACGGGAUCCAUCAACCGGCAAAUUGUUAGCUCGCGGACGCCUUUGGGAUUUCACUGAGUUAAUUGCUCAAUCCAGACGCGAGGGCAAAAACCGUCGAGAUGGUGCAACGGUUUCAUCCCGCGUUCUGACCAUGACCGACUUGGUUGGGCGUAAGCUGUUCGAAGGCGCAGCGAGCCCUGAUCUCGGAGAUAGCGUUGAUGUUUCUUCUCGCCAACAGCGCCGAAAAGACAUUACGACAAAGUCCAAGCUUUAGUAUUGAUAUGUCUUGAAUGUGCGUUUUUGUUACGGAUCACUUGAAAUAGUGUUUCUCACCCGCAUACAUUGUGAAUACCCUUAUUCUCUCAUCUAUGAAUCCUUCGUAUGUAUUUAUUCCCCUAAUCUGCACAUAUCCAUCACAUUUGGUAGCCUACAAGAUACUGUCUGUCCAUGAUCUGAAGAAUAAACGUCUUUCCGAAGCCCUGUUAUUACCCCUAGAUAUCAAUUUGUAUAUAAAGUAAUUAAACAUCAAACCAAGUAUAGCCCUAAAUAGUGCAUACAGAUGAAGUACUCAUACCGAUAAGACAUCUACAAACACUCAGCAUCGGCUCAACAA